UCCUCUCAGAUCACAGAGAGAGUGUGUGUGUGAGUAUGUGUGUAUGUGUGUGUGUGUACGCUGCGUGCAUCUCCUCACUGCAGCACUGCUGAUGUUCCAGCAUUGAGGAAUGAAGGCUGCGGAGGGAUUUACUGCCGGAAAACACAGCCAGCAGACAUGAAGACCGAGAGGGAAUAACACACACACACACUCGUGCGAGCGUCGGGGCUGUUUUGUAUGUGUGUGAGAGUCAGCCAUGCGAUCGGAGCGCAUGAGUCGAGUGUGUAUCGUGGUCCUGGAGGAGGUGGAAGAUGACGAACCCUCCCCUCUGCAUUCCAAAGACACCCCGGACCACAUUUCCCACAAUCCCCCACAGGACGACAAGCCGUCUCUGAUUAAAGCCAUAUUUAAUGUGGACACAGAUGAAGUGCGCUCGCUCAUAUUCAAGAAAGAAGACGUCAAUGUACAGGACAGUGAGAAGAGGACGCCGCUUCACGCUGCUGCAUAUCUGGGGGACGCUGAGAUCAUCGAGCUGCUCAUUCUGUCCGGGGCGAGAGUCAACGCCAAAGACAAUAAAUGGCUCACUCCUCUUCACCGGGCCGUAGCUUCCUGUAGUGAGGAGGCCGUUCAGGUGUUGUUGAAACACUCUGCGGAUGUGAACGCGCGGGAUAAGAGCUGGCAGACGCCACUGCACGUGGCCGCGUCCCAUAAGGCCGUACGCUGUGCCGAGGCUCUGCUGCCGCUGCUGAGUAACGUCAACGUGUCAGACCGCGCCGGACGGACAGCACUGCACCACGCGGCCUUCAGCGGACACCUUGAGAUGGUUCAGCUGCUCGUGUCCAGAGGAGCAAACAUCAACGCUUUUGAUAAGAAGGACCGGCGAGCCGCUCACUGGGCCGCAUACAUGGGUCAUUUAGAGGUGCUGAAGUUCCUGGUGUGUCGCGGCGCAGAGGUUUGCUGUAAGGAUAAGCGGUCGUACAGUCCUCUCCACGCCGCUGCCUCCAGUGGGAUGAUCAACGUGCUCAAAUACCUGCUCAGUCUGGGUGUGGAUAUAAAUGAGCCGAAUGCGUAUGGAAACACGGCUCUCCAUUUGGCGUGUUUUAACGGUCAGGAUGUGGUGGUGAACGAGCUGAUAGCAGCAGGAGCAGAUGUGAAUCAAGUCAAUGAGAAGGGCUUUUCUCCACUGCACUUCACCGCUGCGUCCCGUCAGGGUGCUCUCUGUCUGGAGCUGCUCAUCGCCAACAGAGCCAACCUCAACUGCAAGAGUAAAGAUGGUAAAACUCCUCUCCACAUGGCAGCCAUUCACGGCCGAUACUCCAGAUCACAGGCCAUCAUUCAGAACGGAGCGGAGAUCGACUGUGAGGAUGAGAACGGAAACUCUCCUCUUCAUAUAGCAGCUCGAUACGGUCAUGAGCUGCUCGUCAACACACUCAUAACCAAUGGUGCGGAUACGGCAAAGCGGGGCAUCCAUGGCAUGUUCCCUCUGCAUCUGGCGGCGCUGAGUGGAUUCUCUGACUGCUGCCGGAAACUUCUCUCCUCAGGUUUUGACAUGGAUACGCCGGAUGACUUUGGCAGGACGUGUCUGCAUGCGGCAGCUGCUGGAGGGAAUCUGGAGUGCUUAAAUCUGUUGCUCAACACAGGGGCUGAUUUUAACAGGAAAGACAGAUUUGGGAGGACGGCGCUGCAUUACGCUGCUGCUAACUGUAACUAUCAGUGUGUGUUUGCUCUGGUUGGUUCUGGAGCGAGUGUGAACGAGCGAGACAUCAGAGGCUGCAGUCCAUUACACUACACUGCUGCUGCAGACGGUGAUGGCAAGUGUCUGGAGUAUCUGCUAAGGAAUGAUGCUCAUCCAGCUCUCAGGGAUAAAGAUGGAUACAGCGCUGUUCAUUACGCCUCAGCGUACGGUCAUCGAGUGUGUCUGGAGCUGAUCGCCAAUGAAACGCCGUUAGAUGUGCUGAUGGACUUAUCUGCAUCAAUCAUACACGACACAGACGUCCAGCCUCCCAUCAGCCCUUUACAUUUAGCGGCUUAUCACGGUCACCAUCACGCUCUGGAGCUGCUGGUUGAGUCUCUGCUGGAUGUGGAUGUGAGGACGCCGCAGGGUCUCACACCCCUCAGUCUGGCAGCGUUUAAGGGUCACGUGGAGUGUGUGGAGAUUCUGCUCACUCAGGGAGCGUCUGUCAUGCUGAAGGACUACACACACAAGAGGAGCGCCAUUCACUGCGCAGCCAUGAACGGUCACUCAGAGUGUGUGCGUCUGCUCAUCAGCAGCUCUGACCAGCAGAUCAACAUCAACACACGGGACGGAAGAGGACAGACUCCUUUGAUGUUGGCUGUUCUGGGUGGACACACAGAUUGUGUGUAUCUUCUGCUGAGUAAAGGAGCCAGUGUGGAGGCCAGAGAUAAAUGCGGCAGGACGGCCCUUCACCGUGGGGUAGUGAUGGGGCAUGUGGUGUGUGUGGAGGCUCUUCUUCAGCACAGCUGCAGUGUUCUCCUCCAGGACAGUAGAGGGCGUUCUCCUCUCCACCUGGCGGCGGCAUGUGGUCAUGUUGGGGUUCUGAGGGCCCUCCUGAAGGCCCAGAAGGCCAUCCUUGUCCUCAAGGACAACUGCGGAUACACACCGCUGCACUGGGCUGCUUAUAACGGUCAUGACGCGUGUGUGGAGCUGCUUCUGGAGCAGGACGUCUUCCGCAAGAUGGAGGGAAACUCCUUCAGUCCUCUGCACUGCGCUGUUAUUAAUGAUAAUGAGUCUGCAGCAGAGAUGCUGAUAGAAACUUUAGGUCCAGCGAUAGUGAAUGCCACAGACUCACAGUCCAGGACUGCGCUGCACGCCGCUGCUUACACUGAUCAUGUGGAGUGUCUGCAGCUCCUGCUGGGUCACAACGCUCAGGUCAACGCUAUCGACAUGCUGGGUAAAACACCACUCAUGAUGGCGGCGGAGAACGGACAAACCAACGCCGUAGAGGUUUUGGUGAGCAGCGCUAAAGCGGAUUUCACAUUACAGGACGCACACAGAAACACAGCUCUGCAUCUGGCCUGCAGUAAGGGACAUGAAACCAGUGCCUUGUUAAUUCUGGAGAAGGUGACAGACAGAAACCUGAUCAACUGCACAAACACCGCUCUGCAGACACCGCUUCACGUCGCUGCUCGUAAUGGCCUGACGGUGGCGGUGCAGGAGCUGCUGGCUAAAGGAGCCAGUGUACUCGCCGUCGAUGAAAACGGUUACACUCCAGCGUUGGCUUGUGCGCCGAACAAAGACGUGGCCGACUGUUUGGCGUUGAUUCUGAACAGCAUGAUGCCCAUCUCUCCCAGCAGCACUGGCACAUUCUCCAGCCUCACCUUCACCACCAUUAACCAUUACUCCAGCCCAUCCAAAACCGUGACCUUUGACCCUUUACCCAUGCUGAGGUCACAGCACGUCUCCUUCCGCAAGUUCAACAGCCUGAGCCGCGAUGACGGCCUCAUCCUCCCUGAUGAUGAACUUAAUGAUUCAGACUCAGAGACAUACUGACAGCACGCCCCCUGCCCCGCCCCUCAGUGUCUUAAACUGACGCCUGAUUGGCUGAACGGUGACUAUGCUAAUUAGGCUCCUCCCUCUGUGACAGGAUGUCAAAUGAGUAGUUAUAUCAGUCAAACUCGAUUCACAUAAUGAUAACACACCUCCUGCUCCGCCCUUCAGUGUCUUUAACUGACAUCUUAUUGGCUGAAUGGAGCUUAUGCAAAUUAGGCUCCACCCUCAGUGACUGGAAAACCAGUGUAGUUUGACCAGUCUUACUCAACAGUUUAGACACAAACUUACUGACAACAUGCCCCGCCCUAUAGUGUAUUACAGUCACCUCAUUGGCUGAAUAGUGAUUAUGCUAAUUAGGCUCCUCCCUCUAUGUCUGGAAAACAGGUGCAAUUUUACAACUCAGAAAUAUGCUAAUUAUACGCCCUUUGGUGUCUUAAGUUGUCACCUCAUUGGCUGAAUGAUGACUAUGCUAAUUAGGCUCCUCCCUCUUUAAGUUCAUUAAUAAUGCUGUUCUAAUUUAGACACAGAAAUUUCCUGACAACAGGCCCCCUGCAACACCCUAAGGUGUCUUAGCCUGUCACCUCAUUGGCAGAAUGGUAAAUAUGCUAAUUAGACUCCUCCCUCUUUGACAGCAAAACCAGUGCAGUUUGACCAGUCUAACUCAAUAGUUCAGACUCUGAAACACGCCCCUUGCAUCGUUUAUCAUUUAAGCUAUUGCUUCAUUGACUGAAGCUGACUAUGCUAAUUAGGCUCCUCCCUCUUUGAGUUCAACUGGUAAAACUGCAUUAAUAAUGCUGUUCUGAUUCAGACACAGAAACUUCUUGACAACACACCCCAUCCCCCACCCCAAUAUCUUAAGCUGUUGGCUUAUUAGCUGAAUGGUGAUUAUGUUAAUUAGGCUCCUCCCUCUAUAACAGGAAAACCAGUGCAGUUUGAACAGUUUAACUCAAUGAUUCAAACACAAAAACUUCCUGCGAACACACCCCCUACCCCGCCCCUUAGUUUCUUAAGCUCUCGCCUCAUUGGCUGAAUGGUGAAUAUGCUAAUUAGUCCCCUCCCUCUGUAACAGGAAAACAAGCAGUUUGACCAAUUUAACUCAAUGAUUCAGUCACAGAAACUUCCGGAGAACACGCCCCUCAGUGUCUUAAGCUGUCGCCUCAUUGGCUGAGCAGCAAAUGUGCUAAUGAGGCUCCUCCCUCUCUAGUUUUGUUUAUACUCUACAGGAUCAAAGUCUAAAGCCAUUUCACCCUUCAACAAUCACUUGGACACAUUAUUUAAACUGAUUUAGCUUUCCUUUAUCAGAAGAAAGCGGCUGAUAUUGACAGCUGUCGGACUGUAAUUCCCAGCAUUCAUGUGAACACGAGGAGCCGAUGGGUUCUUAUAACUGCAGAUGCUGGAAAACUAAAGACGUCAGGGACCAAGAGCUGCAGACUUUUGACUUUUAUCCCCGUUUGUGCAUGAAGAUUGAGUUUUGGUUUGCAUCGCCAUGGAUUAUUUAUUAUGACAACAUGUAAUAAUGAUGAAGAGCAACAGAUCCUUUCAGGGUUGGGAGUGAGUAUUUAUUCCUCUGCUGUUGUGAGGAGUUGUAGUGUUCUUCCUGUUGUGUGUGUGUGUGUGUGAGUUUUGAAUGCCUGUGUUUGUGUGUGAUUAUUUUAUAGUUCAAAGACAAUGGAAAGAUCAGGUGUGUGACUUGAGCUUUUGGUACGUUGUUAAUAGUUAUUAAUGAUUAUAAAUAAUAAAUACGUUUUGAAACAAGA